CCUACCUACUUAAGAUAAUCACGAACCCGAGCACGGCCCGGAAUCAAAUAGAGAGAAAUACCGCACCUGGCGCCGCAGUCGUCGUCUAUAUGAAUGUCCACCCCGCCAUCAAUACUCCAACCGAUUAUAGUAUGCUUCACAUGUUACCGUCACAACUAGGUAUUGAUUCUUAAGAUACACAAUGGAGUCCACAACUUCACCUUCACCUUCACCUACCCCUUUACCCCUCUCUCUCGCCCCGCAGAUAGCCACAUACUCGAUCCAGGACCCAGCCCACCCCGAGAUAGAAGAAGCCCAGGUCUCGCACCGCAUCCGUCUAGUCAACGCCUGGGCCAUCCCACCCGGCGCCCGCGUCCUCGAGCUCGGAUGCGGCCAAGGCACCGCCACGGCCGUGCUCGCCGAAGCCGUCGGUGAGACCGGACACGUCGACGCCGUGGACCCCGCCGCGCCAGACUACGGCGCCCCCUUCACCCUCGCCCAGGCCCAGGCGCAUCUCUCCGCAAGCCCCGUUGGAAAUCGCAUAUCCUGGCACCAGGCCUCGCCGCAGGACUUCCUUCGGCAACCGGCAUCUAAUACUGAUAGGAAUGGCGUCUGGGACGUCGCUGUCCUGGCCCAUUGUAUCUGGUACUUUGCCUCGGAGCGAGAGCUCGGCGACAUUCUGACGGCGCUGCGUGGGCGCGUGAAAACACUCUGCAUAGCCGAGUACGCGUUGCACGCUACCGAAAAGUCUGCUCUACCGCACGUCCUGGCUGUCCUCGCGAGGGGCGCCCUGGAAUCCUGCAAGGAAGACUCCACGGAGAAUGUCCGCUCGCUGCUGAGUCCGGUGGCUAUCAAGGAAGUGGCUAGCAGAUGUGGUUGGGAAUGCGCGAAAGAGAGUACCUUGGUUCCGGAGCUUGGGUUGCUUGAUGGCUCGUGGGAGGUAGGCUCUGUUAUGAGUAGGGCCUUCUUGCGCGAAGUGGAUGAAGCUGUGGAGAAUCACAGGUUGAGGGUCGUCGUUCGAUCGGCGAGAGAUGCCGUGGGUGUUGCCGUGGCUGCGCUCAAUGGGGAGAAGGUUGGCACUAUGGAUGUGUGGGCUGCUAGUUUUGGCCCGCUGGCUUCGUAAUGAGAAGACCUGAUGAAAUAAAUAUAUGAAAACAGUCGGUUUCCAACACAUGCAGCCUCGGUUCGAAAGUGAGGUUAUUCAGACGGAGGGUUUAGAACCUGCUAUAAGCGCUCUGGCAUCAGGUGAAGCAGUUCAUUUGGCCAAUUUUCAGCGUCGUCGUAGAGGAAUAUGACAGGUCAGGUUACACGAACCUGCACCGAGACCCGAGCUUGACCAGCCUCGACGAAAAGGUAGCAU